AUGAAUUCGCACAAUGGGUUCGGAAACUAUCUGGAUCAGUCAUUCUUCGACAGCUUUCGCUGGCUGGACGAGGAAGAGAACCUGGAUCUGCGCCUCUUCCUCGACGACUACCAUGCUCACCUGCGCGAAGGUGCGCCGCCGACGAAACAGCGGCCCUCGUUUCGUCGGCGUAUGUCGAUAACCAAGAUGCCCUUCGGCCGUCGAAGCUCAGUUUCGGGGGGACAGCCAGGAACCAGGGAUGCCACCACUCGGACGCCGCCAAUCCGCAGCCCAACAGGCAGGGUCUCGAACGGUUUGACUCACACAAGGCGCAAGUCGCGCGCUCUGUCUCUGAUCACGCCAAACUCGAGGCACGCGCCUCAACCGUCCAUCACGGCCUUCGACCCCGCCGCGGCCCACUACCAGGACCCCGAGGCACGUCUGAAGCUCCGCGUGUACCUGGCGUCGCCGCAGAAGUUUGACGAAGCCGUCGAGUUUGGAUUCCCGUCUGCCGACUCCGACGUUUCCCGGACCCAGUCCCGGCAGAAACCGGCCGAUGCCUCCGCCGACAUGCGCACCUUCUGGGCCGACGACGACGACGAGGAUCAAAGCCUCGACAUCCUGUCCCUCAGCAGCGACCAGCCCUCAUCGCCCGAACUGGAUUCGCCCCAGACGCCAGAGCCAAUCGAGCAGCACAGAGGGCCUCGCGGGCCUCGCCACGCGCGGCUGGCCUCUCCAGGCGCUUUCAAAGGGAGAGAGUGCGGGAUCAAGACGCCCGACGGAGCCGCAGCGUCGUCGCGCGAGAUGACGCUCCGCAUGACGCUCACCCGGCCGGAUCUGCGUGCUCACGAGGACGAGAUUUACGGCUGGCAGCAGAGGCCCGUCUACCAGCAACACAGCCGGCGGCCGACCGCCAUAGCGUCCCUGGGGACAGAGAGCAGGGGUCCAUCACUUGGGGGCUGGUCUCACAAGAGUAGCAUGGAGAAGUUUCCCGAGAUUGACCAUUGGAAUGGAUCGACGGCUGAGAGGGGCGUCAUGAGGCGGAUCUGGGACCGCGUUCGGAGGGGUUGA